GGGAGACUCCUCAUACCCCAAAGAUUUCCACAUAAUCCUGCGCAUGCGUACCGCUGCGUAAUAAUGGCCACAGGCACAAUUUUAGUGCGCAGGCGCGGUUACGGGGGUGACAACAUUACUUUCGCAUUCGCUGCAACUCAAGCAAGCUCUGAGAGACGCUUCUGCUAUCUGAAUUCAAUUCAAAGUCAAAUGAUGGCUAAAGGCUCAACUCCUGCAAUUCUAGGCACGCUCAACUCACUCUUCGCCAUUCCACAAGUGCAGGAGCACCUCAACAGUUCUGGCUCAGUUAGUACUCCCAACAGUUUGGGACCAGCUACCAGCACUACCAGCAGUACUGCCGUCUCAACAGUUGCUGUUGCAGCUGGUACAGCUAACCCCACUCAACCUUCUCUCCCUUCCACCUUAGGAACGGCUGUUUCCUUGGAAGGCACGAUUGCGGGACUAGGGGUGCUACCCCCUUUGCACACAGUCGCAUCAUUGCUGCCAUCCGGUGCCGGGACACAAGGCAUGUGCAUCCAACCAUCAGUCCCACUCAUAUCUCAACCAGCUUCAGCAAUACCCAAUGCAUCGACAAUAUGGCGAGCAGCUGAGGCUCAGAGUAACUAUCUACCCCAACAGUCUAUCAGUCACGAGGGAUUGGUAGCAAGUUUAUACCUCGGUGAUGGGGUUGUGCCCGUACCUGAAAAGCUAAUGAAAAAAAUAUGGUCUUUGGAAUACAUCGAAAUGAACCAGCUACUACCCGAGGCUUGGGUGCAAGAUAGCUAUUCAGAAUCAUCGUCACAUUGUUGCCACAAUGCAAGUGCGAGCAAGCCUAAGAAGGGAGUUUCUUCUAUAUUCUCGUGGAUACAGUGCUACAGCACUCUGGUGAGCAUACUCGCUCACAAAUUCCCGUCUAAGGUGCCUCAAUUGAUGGCCUACCAAUCCAUCAUUGUAAGAUGCUACACGGAUUACGAAGGAGACGGUUGGUUGGCAUAUGACAGAGCAUAUCGGCGGAAAGCGGCAUACGAAAAGUGCCUGGACUGGUCGAAGUUAAAUGUUGCAUUUUAUCAAUUCUGCCUCGCAGGCAAUGCAAAGAGGAACGCGGUUUGCAGAAUUUGUUUGAGACACGACCACCAGACAGCCGACUGCAAUGAAGCAGAUAAAAACUACCUGAGGUCAGGGUAUCCCACACCCGAUGUGGGAUUCAGCAGACCGGUAAAUUCAGGGGUGGAGAUUUGCAGGCUCUACAAUGCAAUCGGCGAAUCCAAGUGUAAGUAUAAAGAAUGCAGAUUCGCGCAUUUAUGCAAAUUCUGCAAAAAGCCACAUCCAGCCCCAAAGUGCCAAGGAUCGGGAAAGACUGCAAAACGUAGUAGGCCAUUCUAGAGAGACAAACAAGCAAAAAACUGAGAACUCAACGAACUAUAUUACUAUAUAUACAUAUCUGAGUGUGCUUAGUCAUUAAUAAUUAUUAUGCUAUAAUUAUUAUUACUCAUCUCAGCUGUUUAUGCUUAUCAGAUUGCUCAUGGGCCGCUUGCUUUAAAUGCGCAUGUGGUGAACAGCAUUUUGUAUUAUUAUGUGCAUGCAAUGUCAC